AUGUCAUUCAAUCAAAAUGUGAGUGAUAUAGGAUUUACAUAGCAAUCUCCGAAUCGAAAUUUUAACCCUAUGAAUUCUUCUAUGUAAUUCAUACCAGAUCUUCAUUUUGAAAACUAAUCUGAGGAGUAAAUUUCACCAAGAAAGGAAAUUAUGAAAAAAGGGAUUUUGAAGACCUUUUAUUAUUAGGUACUAUAAGAUAGAGACAUAGGAUAUCAAAAGAAGAAAGUUGAUAGGGUGUAACAUAUAUGUAAAUCAAAUGAAUGAAUAGUAAUUAUAAUUAUCUAAAAGAGGAAGUAUAUUUUAUUGCAAUAACAAAAGUUGCUUGUAGAAUUUGUAUGAAUGAGGAGGAGACUUCCAGAUUUAUUAUGCCUUGUGCAUGUAAGGGAAGUUUACAAUACGUUCAUGAAGAGUGCUUAAAACUUUGGAUCCUUUAGAAAAAUGGGAUAAACGAUGUAUUUUAAGACAGAGUAUACAUUAAAUGAAUAAUUAGAUUAAAUGUGAAUUAUGUUCAUAAAAGUUUCGUAUGAAAAUGUAGUUGCACAAUCAUUUUGAUAAAUCUAGGUUUUGGGAUGUACCAAAACAAUAAAAGAUAUGUUGGCUUAUUUAACUACUCAUUAUAAGUGCUAUAAUAUGUUCUUUAGUUGGUAUAGUUUCAUACUAUGAAGUGUUACUAAAAUUUGUAGGGUUUUCCAGCAUAGGAGUUGAUGCUGUCAUGACAAUAUUGAUUGUAUUGUGCGUAUUAGUGAUAAUUAAAUUUGGAGUUGGUGUGAUUCAGUUUCAUUUAAUAGAAAUGAUUGAGGAUUGGACUAUAAGUAAUUAUAGAGUAAGAAAGGAGAUAAGAUAGGGUAGCAUCUUUUAAUUAUAAUCUUAAUUGGGAAAUAGUGUAAAUGGAAGUCCUUUGGCUAAGAAGAAAAAUUUGUAAAUUCAUCCGAAUGGACCAACUAUGUUAUAGGUUGUUUAGGUUGGCUAAUUGGCUUCUUGUCCAAUUAUAUCAGAAUGA